AAUUAAUCUACAACAAUGAUGUGCCCACGGGCAUCAUAAAUAGACACUCUGUAGUCGUGAAUCGCUCAAACUUCAUCCAUCCAGAACCUCCAACUCAAACUCCUAAAUCCAUUCUCUGUUUUCUGCACAAAAAUGGCGGAUACCAUCCAUCAAAACAUCAACGUUUCGAACAAGAAGAGGCCGGGUUCCGACGAAUGGGAACGCGAUGAUACGCUAAAGGCGAAGAAGGGCGGGAAACCUCCGUCGGAUCCACGGGAGGAUCCCGCAGCGGCGCUGGCCAGUGCCCGCCACGAGUUCGGCGAGCACGGCGGCGUGAACAUGUCAAUCGAGGCAUCCGCCACCUUCACGGUGAUGGAGCCGGAGACCCUGCGCCGAAUGUUCGCCGGGGAAUUGGGCCCAGAUCGCGAUUACUUCAUCUACAGCCGCCACUUCAAUCCGACGGUCCUCAACCUCAGCCGGCUGAUGGCGGCGAUGGAGGGGACGGAGGCGGCGUACUGCACCGCCUCCGGCAUGUCGGCGAUCUCGGCGGUGCUGUUCCAGCUGCUCAGCUGCGGGGACCACGUGGUGGCGUCGCAGACCCUGUACGGCGGGACCCACGCGCUGCUGACGCAUUUCCUGCCGAGGACGAGCAACACGACGACGUCGUUCGUGGACAUCCGGGACCUGGCGGCGGUCAGGGAGGCGAUCGUGGAGGGGAGGACGAAGGUGCUGUACUUCGAGAGCGUGGCGAAUCCGACGCUGACGGUUGCGAAUAUUCCGGAGCUGUGCAGGAUAGCGCACGAUAAGGGAGUCACGGUGGUUGUGGACAACACGUUCGCGCCGAUGGUGCUGUCGCCGGCGAGAAUGGGGGCGGACGUCGUCGUUCACAGUGUCUCCAAGUUCGUCAGCGGUGGGGCCGACAUCAUUGCAGGUGCGAUAUGUGGGCCAGCAAAGCUGGUGAACGCGAUGAUGGACCUUCUACAAGGCCCGCUUAUGCUAUUGGGCCCAACGAUGAACGCGAAGGUGGCAUUUGAACUCUCAGAGAGACUGCCACACUUGGGCCUGAGGAUGAAGGAACACUGCAACAGGGCUCUCCAGUUUGCAACAAGAAUAAAGAAGUUGGGCAUCAAAGUGAUCUAUCCUGGGCUGGAAGACCACCCGGACCACGCCCUCUUCAAGUCCAUGUCCAACAAAGACUACGGCUACGGCGGUCUUCUUUGCGUGGACAUGGAGACCGAGGAGCGGGCUAACCGCUUCAUGAACCUGCUGCAGAACCACACUCAAUUUGGGUUCAUGGCGGUGAGCUUGGGCUAUUACGAGACUCUCAUGUCUUGCUCUGGGAGCAGCACCAGCAGCGAGCUGAACAAUGAGGAGAAGGAGCUCGCCGGGAUCUCUCCCGGGCUGGUCAGGAUGUCCGUGGGCUACACCGGCACGCUGGACCAAAAGUGGGGCCAACUCGAGAAGGCACUCUUCAGGAUGCAAGACUCCACUCUAUUCCAAAAGUGCUGAUUCUCAUCAUGUUGUCUCUGUGUUAUUGUUAUUACUCUGUGUAUUAGUUAAUGAAUGAAUCAAUGAAUUCUUUCUUUAUUAUGAGAACAAUUGUGGCCUGCUAUAGUUAACUGUCAGACGAGGGAGGUAGGCCCAAUCCCUUUCAAAUUGUGGAUGCAAAUAAUAAGUUCAGCCCAUUACCAUUUAGUUUUAUGUAUGAUUUGAUAAGAUACUAAUAAGAUACUCCGUACAUGAUUAACAGGCGUCACAUAAAAGUAGUCUGAGAAACUUGACCA